AGAGAAAGUGAGGCGCCGUGAUCACCACCGCAGACAUGUCCCUUCGUGUCGUGUCCUCCAGCCUGGUCUACUCAGUGUGCCGGAGCCGCUGCAGUCCCUCCUCCAGGGAUACAGGAAUCCCAGCGGAGUCCUUCCUAGGUUGGGAGGGAGGCAGAGGAGUGGAGGCAGGCCUCUAGCUUCCGUGACCCGCCCCUACCCCAGCUCUCCAGAGAGGCAGGAAGGAGACUGGGUUCAGACCCAAGGGAGCCAGCUGUGAGGCCGGAGCAGCUGCUGCGUGGGGGCGCCGGGGCUCGGCAGGGCUGUUCACCUGCUGCUCUGCGCACAGACAGCCUCAAGCCCAGCUGCUGCGGUUGCAGCUAAAACAGCCAAAGGGCCCCGGCUGCGGAAGGCAACAGAAGGAAUCUAAGAAACCAGGCCAGGGAGCCUCCCCCAUCUCCCUGUUGCCUUUUGGGAGCGCAGCGCUUCCCUCUGAAGGCCACCCCGGAGCUGGUCCUCUCACAGGCGAGCCACCAGCCCACGACAAGGACACCCACCUCGCCCCUCGCACCUCUAGGUCAGCACUAGGCCUGCGCCCCCGUCCCGGAGACCAGUCGACUGCUUGGGAGAGGGAAGAAUGAGCUUUCCUCUUCCAACCCGAGAGCGCCUCCCGUCCCGUCCAGGAAUCCAUGUACUUUCGAGAACGCUUGCUCACAUCAGCGCAGAGAUUGCACCUGCUGACCUCGAGAUUCCAGCCCCCGGCUCCGAGGGUGAGAGGCCGCCGAGCAGGACAGCCAGUAGCAGCAUGUCUGUGAAUGGCAGUAAGAUGGCACCAUCCGUCACCCAGGAGAUCCUCAGCCACCUGGGCCUGGCCAGCAAGACUGCAGCGUGGGGGACCCUGGGCACCCUCAGGACCUUCCUGAGCUUCAGCGUGGACAAGGAUGUGCAGAGGCUGCUGAGGGCCAUUACCGGCCAAGGUGUGGACUGCUGUGCCAUUGUCGAGGUGCUGACCAACCGGAGCAGAGAGCAAAGGCAGCUCAUCUCUCGAGCUUUCCAGGAGCGCACCCAACAGGACCUGCUGAAGUCCCUACAGGCAGCGCUUUCUGGCAACCUGGAGAGGAUCGUGGUGGCUCUGCUGCAGCCCGCAGCCCAGUUUGACGCCCAGGAAUUGAGGACAGUGCUGAAGGCUUCAAAUUCUGCUGUGGAUGUGGCCAUGGAAAUUCUUGCCACCCGAACCCCAGCCCAGCUGCAGGAGUGCCUGGCAGUCUACAGACACGAUUUCCAGGUGGAGGCCGUGGAUGACAUCACAUCUGAGAGCAGUGGCAUCUUGCGGGACCUGCUCCUGGCCCUGGCCAAGGGGGGCCGUGACAGCUACUCUGGAAUCAUUGACUAUAAUCUGGCAGAACAAGAUGUCCAGGCACUGCAGCAGGCAGAAGGACCCAGCACAGAGAAGACAUGGGUGCUACUCUUUACCCAACGAAAUCCUGAACACCUCAUCCGAGUGUUUGAUCAGUACCAGCGGAGCACUGGGCAAGAGCUGGAGGAGGCUGUCCAGAACCGUUUCCAUGGAGAUGCCCAGGCGGCUCUGCUCGGCCUAGCUUCGGUGAUCAAGAACACACCGCUGUACUUUGCUGACAAACUUCACCAAGCCCUCCAGGAAACCGAGCCCAAUGACCAAGUCCUGAUUCGCAUCCUUACCUCUCGAUGUGAGACCGACCUUCUGAGUAUCAGAGCUGAGUUCAAGAAGAAAUUUGGGAAGUCCCUUUACUCUUCUCUCCAGGAUGCAGUGAAAGGGGAUUGCCGGUCAGCCUUUCUGGCCUUGUGCAGGGCUGAAGACAUGUGAGACUUCCCUGCCCCCACCCCACAUGACAUGCGAGGAUCUGAGAGUUCCGCGUUUGGCUGAACCUGCAGGAGACCUGCUGGGCCUCCAAAUAGGAUAACCCCUCACUGAGCACCACAUGCUCCAGCUUCUUGUUGAGGCUGGAACGGUUUCUUUAAAAUCCCUUAAUUUUCCUCAUCUCAAAAUUAUAUCCGUACCUGGGUCAUCCAGCUCCUUCUCGGGUGUGGGGAAAUGAGUUCUGAUCGUUUCUGCCUCACUCAUCCCUCCUGUACCCUGGCCAGAACAUCUCGCUGAUACUUGAAUUCUUUUGGCAAACUUCA